UAACUCCCAGACAGUUGGAGCUGCACAGCGUCCCCAGCCCUCUCACUGACCUCAGUGGGUUCAGUGCUGGCGAGGUGAUCAUGUGCACCGGAGUCUCCAAGAUACACAGCUGCACCGAUGAUGACACAAUGUGUGCUUCCAUAUGAUCAGCAGGGGCUGUGUUUGUAAAGUGACUUCAUCAAAACUCUAACAGCGUGCAUCGUGGCUUGACCUCAAUCUCGCGAUGAGUUCAUCCGCUAUAGGAUUCUUCACCUUCGUCCUGUUGCUGACUUCAGUGGGAGGCAUAAAAGAGAAGGGACGGAAGAGUAAACGAACACCGGUGCCUCAGAUAGACUGUGACAUCAGAGCAGGCAAGAUAAAGGUGUCUGAGUUUGUAGCCCGGUGCCCACCAGGAUGUCUGGGCACGCAGCAGGCCGUGUGGGGCACUGACAUCUAUGCAUCCAUUUCCAGUGUGUGUGGAGCAGCUAUUCACAGUGGUGUCAUCGACAACAGCGGAGGGAAGAUUCAUGUGCGGAAGGUGCCCAGCAGCUCCAGUUACAAAGGGACUUUCUCCUAUGGUGUUCGAUCCCUGUCGCUGCCCAGGUGGAGAGAGUCUUUUGUAGUGUCAGGCCCCAAGCAACAGAAAGGAGUGACAUAUCCAUCAAUUCUUGAAUUCCUUCCUUCAAGAACGUCAAGAAUUAGGACAGGGAAGCUGAAGACCACCAAGACACUGGCUCCCACUACCACAGCCACAACUCUCAGACCAACCAGCAGGGAGAGUCCCACACAGCAACCUUCAACAUCUCUGCAAGUUGAACAUGAAGUCAUCACUAGCAAAAGCCCCGAACCAAGGACCUUUGUGCUAAGCAGCCCUUCACAGCAGCCUGCCCCCUCUUGGCAGAUGAAGGAUGAAGCAUUCCGAAGAUAUCCCGUGUCCAAGUUCACCAGCAGGAACUACCCUCCACCACGUGCAGGAGUCCACCGCCAGGAGCCAGCUAUCGCCCUGCGCAGGACGGGCAGUUUGGGCACUAGUUUCGCUAACGGUGAGCUCGCGACUGACCCUGUGUACGCCUGGACAGACAUGGAGACCUACGACAGCCCAGGUUACAAUUCCAAGCCUGGAUUAUCGGACUACGAGAAAUGGGCUCUCAGCUUCGGGGAGAGCAGUCAAAGACAUGGGCUGAGAGGGAGCCAACCAUGGGGAUCCAGCCCAGAAUCAUUCAAGACACAAAAUCAGAAUACAGAUGAAACAGAGAUUAAUUUUUGGAAAUCAGACUUUGACACAAAGGGCUUCAGCAGAAAGAACCAAGAUUUCAUUGAGGACCCAAUUUCGCAAGGAGACCCAAAUUGCAAGAUUGACCUUGCAUUCCUGAUGGAUGGAAGUUGGAGCAUUGGAAGGCGGAGGUUUCGUAUUCAGAAGAGUUUUCUGAUGAAGAUUGCUCAAGCCCUCGACAUUGGAGUAGCAGGCCCAUUGAUUGGCAUCAUACAGUUUGGGAACAAUGCUAGUACGGAGUUCAACCUCCAGACUUACCGAAACUCAGACGAUCUUAAAAAUGCCAUUGAGAAGAUUCCACAGCGAGGUGGCCUCUCCAAUGUGGGGAGAGCGCUCAGUCAUGCCCUUGAGAAUUUCUUUUCCAAAGAGCAGGGGAAUCGCGGAGGGGCCCCCAAUGUGGUAGUGGUCCUGGUCGAUGGGUGGCCCACAGACAAGGUCGAAGAAGCUGCUCGCCUCACCCGAGAGUCUGGCAUCAACAUCUUCUUCAUCACAGUGGAAGGUGCAGACCAGAGCGAGAGGCAGAACCUGGUCGAGAGAGACUUUGUGGACAAGUCUGUGUGCAGAACUAAUGGCUACUUCUCCAUCAAUGUGCCCAGCUGGUUUAAGCUGUACCAGGCGGUGGGCCCGCUGGUAAAACGGGUAUGUGACACCGAGCAGCUGGCCUGCAGCAAGACCUGCCUCAACUCAGCUGAUAUUGGCUUUGUAGUGGAUGGUUCAAGCAGCGUGGGAACCGGCAACUUCCGCACAAUCCUGCAGUUUGUGGCCAACAUUAGCCAGGAGUUUGAGAUCUCCGACACAGGGACACGGGUGGGAGUGGUGCAGUACACCUACGAGCAGAGACUCGAGUUUGGCUUUGACAAGCACAGCACCAAGGAGACACUAACCACUGCUGUUAAGGACAUUAGGUACUGGAGCGGUGGCACCAGUACUGGAGAAGCCAUCAGUUAUGCAUUAAAGCAUCUAUUUAGCAAUUCCAAACCCAACAAAAGGAAGCUCAUGAUUGUCAUCACCGAUGGACGGUCUUACGAUGAUGUGCAGGCACCAGCACUUGCUGCUCAUAGAGACGGUGUGAUUGCGUAUGCUGUAGGCAUUGCCUGGGCUGCGAUGGACGAGCUGGAGUACAUUGCAUCAGACCCCAACAAAGACCAUUCCUUCUUUGUUGAUGAUUUUGACAACUUAUAUCAGUUCGUGCCCCGGAUUGUGCACAAUAUCUGUCAAGAAUUCAACUCUCAGCCUCGUAACUGAGAAAGCCCAUCACUCCCCAGUGGAUCAAGAGAUGUAGGCACUGCUCAAUAUAAACCGUUUAGAAGGCAAGCUUCAAUCUAUCCAGCGAAAGGGACAGACUUGGUUCCUCAUUUUCAUACAGACACCAGACUUUAGAGGCAGCUAGAUAUGAAGUCUUGACAGCAUGCACCUAACGAUCCCUUUGCACUCACUGUUUCAAGCUGCUCAUUUAGUUCCUUGCCACAGUCCCAAAUUUCCUAGAGGGCUCCCAACACCUUGUAGAGUGAUUGCCCAAGGCUUCUCUCCCAAAACCUAGAGACGGAUGAUGAUGAGUCCAUUAAUGCCCACUAGCAGCUCUCCAUCCCUAACAGCAGCUGGGGCAACUCACACUUUCCUCCAUCAACUUUCCCCUUCCCUAGCCUUAUUAUUAGGUGCAAGAAGAUAAGUACUAGAAGAAUAUCAAUAAAAUGACUGCAAGGAAAUAGACUGCUUCAAGAAGAGGUAAUUGGUUCUGUCCUUGACCCAGGGUGAGGUUUGGGGAGAAGGAAGGUUGAAGUUUUUUGGGGGCCUCAAAGGGACAUAACUGUUCAGUUUUGUUCACAGGACAGGGGCAGAAUUGAUGGGCUAGCCUGGGAAACCACCCCACCAUCCUUGAACUGCUCCUCCUUCAUGUGAAGUGAAUAUCCAGAAGAUCCACCAACCAUCCUUCCCUACCAAUCUCUGCCACUUAUAUAAUAGUACAGAGUGGUCUUCAUGUAAACCAGAUGAGGACUGGGAUGGAAUGGCUGUGGUCAUUACCUCAUCAUUGUUUGUGAAAGCUUGCUGUACACACAAUGGUUGCCACAUUUCCUACAUUACAACUGUAGGAGGUAGAACCUUUCAAAAGAACUUCAAGCUCUUUGGGAUCUCCUGUGGUUAGGAGAUAUGCUAAACCUUUCUUCUGAACUAACUUUAAAGCAGAUUGGAAUUUUGGGGCCUGAGAUCCUGGCACUACCUGUGUUCUUGCCCAACAGACAUUCAUCCGGAUCAUUUCUAACAUGUAGUCUCUCUUCCAUUUCUUUAGGGAAAGAGUGUUCACCAUGUACUUUAGAAAAAGAUCAAGAAAUUGAUUGCCUAAUAAGCCCACCAUUAAACUCCAGAACCAUGUGUCAGCAAGUGCCCACUCUCAGUUCUCAGCCUUUGCUGAGGUGAUGCAAAUUGCCUUGCUUACAGGGAUAGGAGGGGGAAGCAUGAAUUCAGACAGACCCUCACUUCAUGCUGAAGAUGUCUCAAAGUGCUCUACAACAACAGCUUACUUUAUCUGGAGGUAUGGUUUCUGCUUUGAAAGGCACAAGGAUUGAAAUGCCAGCUAUUCCCGGUUCACAAACUCAGAUGAGCUUCCCUGCGUCCCCAAUUCCCCAAUGUCAGCCUGGGCACAAAAGGGCAACCAGCAAUUUUUUUGUGCUGCAAAUGAAAUGCAAUGACUAUUAUUCAGACAUAUAGCACAAUCUCAUGAGCAGUAAAUGCAAAUAUUCCUCUUUGAAACAAAAACAGAAACUGCUGGCAAAACACAGCUGCCAUGGAAGCAUCUGUGGGAAGAAAGCAGAGUUAAUUUUUUCAGUCUACUGACUCUUCUUCAGAACUGGCAGUUUUGCCAGUAAAUUCUGCACUUUCCCCCCCCAAGAUAUCCAGCAUCCGCAGUUCUUUGUUUUAUCUUAAAGUCCUCACUUUAUCUGUGUUUUGACACAGUAGCAGGCCUGGAGAAAAUCCACCGCAAUUCUAUCUCCAUUUACCGCCCUCUUACCAGAGAUGGUUGAAUCAGUCACAUUUUACGAGAAGGUGAGCAGCCUGUGAGGAUUAUUUCCAGUGGAGUCAAUUGCUUUAUUAAGUCAAUGGUUAUGGCAUUGGACUAGCAAGCACAAAUGUGUAAAAACUGAAUAGAAUAACAUCUGGUUGUUGUGAGUAACAGUUGGAGGGGCAGUGGGUUUAGGGUGUGGGGUUGGUGAUGAAAUGACUGAGAAUUACAACAUAUUUUAUAAAAGCUCCCUGGUUUGCUGAUGUACCACAGAAGGAAAGACACUUGUUGGUCCAGCCCAGUCUGGCCUUUGUGGGAGUCUAGUCCUAUAAUCACAUAGAUAACUCUUUAAAAUCCUCAGAUCAAGAAAGGAGCUACAAAUGUUGCCUGACCAGAGUCAACUGCACCCCAAGAAUAAAACCACUGCACCUUGCUUCAUAAGAAUUAUUUACAUUGGGGUAUUACUUAAGACAUAUCUAUUCAUAGUGAUUGACGUAGUGAGUUCUUUUGGCUUAAAUACUCAUUUGAAGCUGCAGUAUAAGAGCAAUUGUGUAUGAUAUGUAUACAGCUAGUUUAUUAACUAAAACCAAAUAAUUAAUAUCUGAAAAGAAACAAUCAAAGCCCGGUGCUUGAGAAUAGAUCCUGAAAGGAGCUUUCUGAGGAGUCUGGGCUUCAGUGUAAUUAGAAUGUAAUUCCAUAUCCAAAUAAAUAAAAGUCACAGGUAUUCAGACUGA